AUGGUAUCUCAAAAAUCGGAAGAUCGUCAGUACACGGAAGAUGAGCUGAAAGAAGUCGAAGAUCGGUUAGUGGCUUACGCUAAGAAACUUUCCGCGGACGGAAAUGUUGCAGAUCUACGUAAACUUAUUGUGGUAACUCGUCCAUUUUAUGAUGUUUUGGGUAGAGCCAAAGCAAGCAAACUAAUCCGUGUUCUUAUGGAAUACUGUCUCAUGAUAAAUCAAGACAGCGGCGAGAAGGUCAAAUUGGUGCAGGAAUGCAUCGACUGGGCGACGGCAAAUAGCCGUUUGUUCCUUCGUAGAACCCUAGAGGCACGGCUGAUCCGUCUCUACAACGAUAUCGGACGCUAUGUCGAUGCACAGAAAAUCGCUGGUCCAUUAGUUGCUGAACUGAAGAAAAUCGAGGACCGUGAACUGAUCAUGGAGGUCACGUUGGAAGAAAGUAAAAGCGCGUUCGCUCUGAAAAACUUUGGGAAGGCAAAAACAUCGUUGGUCCUAGCAAGAACCAAUGCGAACGGUGCCUACGUUUCCACUCAGAGUGGCCAGGUGGAAAGUGGAAAAAAUGCAAAGGCAGCGCUCGACUUACAGUCAGGGAUUCUCUAUAGUGCUGACGAGAAGGACUUCAAGACAGCAUACUCGUACUGCUACGAAGCCCUCGAAGGUUUCCUGAUUGCUGAUCCCCCUAAAGCAGUGCGCGCGCUCAAGUAUAUGUGCUUAUGCAAGGGGAUACAACCGGUUCGAGGUCGUGACAUCGAUGCUAUGAAGUGCAUGGCAGAGGCAUUCGCACAGAGAAGCCUGAGCAAAUUUAAUAAGUGCUUGAAAGAUUACAAUAGAGAACUUUUGGGCGAUCAAGUAGUCGCUGCACACUCGAGGGAGUUGAGGGAUAACAUGCUAGAGAAGGAGAUAAGCCGUGUUAUUGAACCAUACUCAGAAGUCGAUCUAGCCCAUAUAGUGCGCUGUGUGGGAAUGAAUCAGAAGCAAAUUGAGAAAGCAAUUUCUACAAUGCUUCUCGACAAGAAAUUCUUUGGGGUGAUUGAUCAACAUAGUGGAACUGUUCGCGUAUACCAAACACCACACAAAGACAAGACAUACCAAAAGUCUGUAGAACUAAUUCGGGCGCUCUCAAAGACUGUGGAUGCCAUAUACGGCAGGGCUGGCACGCUUCUCAAGUGA